UUAGUAUAGCUACCAUUAAUUGAAUAAAAAAUUAAAUUUGUAAAUACUGCUACUGCUAAUUACAUUAAAUUACACACUAAGUGAAUAAUCUUUUUUUAUUUUUUCUUUUUUUGUAAAUUUGAGCUGCUUUUUUAUAAAACGAGACCUUUCAAAACAGCAGCUUCAUCCGCAAUACAAGCAGUAACCCCCCCCCCCCCCCUCCAUCUACCCUCAAAAAACCUAACCCUAGAAAUCAAUCAAAACAAAAACAAAAAAAAAGAGUUGCCUAAAUAAGUAAAGGAUUCAAACUUGGUGUGAGUGGGAUUUUUGAAGCAGUCGAUGUUUGGUUUUGGUGAAAUUGAAAGGAUCAGAGAGAGGGUUCUUCCCUUAAAUGCUCUCUCUUUAUCUCCCUUUCAAAGUUCCUUCUUUUUUCAUGUCUUCUCCAAUCGCACCCUCUUUCUUUUCUGCUCCUUCAGGGUCCUUUCAAGCCCUAGGCUUUGAUCUUUUCUCGAUACCUCUCGAACUCCCCCUUUGUAUAAAAUAUGACUGAUUCUAAGGUAUUCGUAUUUGGGUCAUUUACUGAAGAUGAAACCAGGUCACUGCUGUUAAAGCAGUCAGUUGGGAAUGCUGAAAAACCUGUGGAAAAGAAAGAAUGGCAAUUUGGUUCUUUGAAUUUUGCAGCUGGAGGAUCUUUGGGUAGUGCCAUUGGCGAUUUAAGCAACAAGCCUAGUUCCACAAAUGGGCCAGUUGGAUUUCUAUCCUCAACAUCACCAAUUGAGGAUGGAAAAAGUAGAAAAACAGCAGCUGAUCAUUCCUCAACUACACUUCAAACUCCAAAAGAAAAUGGAAAUACAAAGAGUUCCAGCAAUAGUUCUCGCCUCAGUAAUGGUGUAGAACAACUGAAAAAAAGCAUUGGUGUAACUCCUCUGCACUUAUUGCAAAAUGAAUACAGUCCCAUGAAUGAUUUUCAAAGUUCAAAAUUUCAAGUCCUUGAGACCGAAACAGUAGAGGGUAGAGAUAAGAAUGGGAUGAUUGAUAAUUCAUUAGUAUGCACUGUUCAAGGAGACAUUCAGAAGGCAGCCAUGGUUGUUAAAAACUUAUUUCCCCGAGGCUUAAUCAACUCUGGAAAUUUAUGUUUUCUCAAUGCCACUGUACAGGCUCUUCUAUCAUGUUCUCCUUUUGUCCAGCUCUUGCAGCAACUUAGACUUCGUAAUAUACCCAAGGUUGGCUAUCCAACAUUAACUGCUUUUGCAGAGUUUGUAUCUGACUUUGAUGUGCCAUCCAGCGAUUCUGAUGUAAAGAAGAAAGAUACAACAGUCCUUGAGAUCGGUAGGCCUUGCAGCCCUGGCAUGUUUGAAGCUGUCCUUAAAAGUUUUACCCCAGAUGUGCCAAGUAGCAUAUCUGGUAGGCCAAGGCAGGAAGAUGCUCAGGAAUUUUUAAGUUUUAUCAUGGAUCAAAUGCAUGAUGAAUUGAUUAAGCUUCAAGGGCAGUCCAGUAGCUCUAAUGGGAUCAGGUCAUCACUAGUUUCUUCUUUUGAAGAUGAUGAAUGGGAGACAGUUGGACCAAAAAACAAAUCAGCAGUCACAAGAACUCAAAGCUUCCUUCCUUCAGAGCUAAGUGAUAUUUUUGGAGGACAGUUGAAAAGUGUGGUGAAGGCAAGAGGAAACAAGGCUUCUGCUACUGUUCAACCAUUUCUAUUGCUGCACCUUGAUAUCUGCCCUGACGCUGUUCAUACUAUUGAGGAUGCACUUCAUCUGUUCUCUGCACCAGAAUAUCUUGAGGGAUAUCGUGCAUCAACUGCUCAGAAGCAGGCUGGUGUUGUCACUGCCAAAAAAUCUGUCCAGAUACAGACACUUUCAAAGAUAAUGAUUUUGCACCUGAUGCGUUUUAGCUAUGGAAGCCAGGGAAGUGCCAAGUUGCAUAAGCCUGUACACUUCCCACUUGAAUUGGUAUUGGGUAGGGAGCUACUUGUUUCUCCAUACACUGAGGGCCGAAAAUAUGAGCUUGUCGCUACAAUAACCCAUCAUGGAAGAGAGCCCUCUAAGGGACAUUAUACAGCUGAUGCUCGUUAUCCCAAUGGCCAAUGGCUGCGAUUUGAUGAUGCCUCUGUCAUGGCCAUUGGGACAAGCAAGGUGUUGCAUGACCAAGCAUAUGUUCUCUUCUACGAACAAACACAGAAGGCAUGACUUAUACCUUGUUCGUAUAAUACUCAACAUGAUACUAUGGUGUGCAUGUGCCAGGAACAUCAUUACAGAAUUGGCUCCGUGAUUUUUCCUUUUAUUGUAACAGUUGGUCGCUCCUUGGCUUUAAAUGAUGAAUUGAACUGCAACUGAUUUAUAUAGGUCUUUUGUAAUGAUAACCAAACUGUAUGGAAGUUCUUGCUAUUUAAUGAAAUUUUGCUCUUGUUCUUAAGUUGUGAUUUUGUUUUGCUUAUUUUCUCAUUUUCAACAUGUCUCACUUUUUCCUUUUUUUUCUUUUUUAUCUGUUAAUGUAUUCUAAAGGGGUAUGCGGUCUCUUUUUGCCCAUGAAAUCUAAAAACUCUAAUAACGGCGGAUGAGAUCAUUUUUCUCUUUAUAUCUAUGGGUCUAGACAAUGGUGAAUUGUCCUUUUAGGCUUAAAAAAUUAUGCAUGCAUACGAUAUGCACGGUACAAGCAUUAUUCUACUCUUAUGUAUACAUAAAAAUCCUAAGCUUGCUUUUGAAGAAUUGGCUUCAUUAAUUUCAUUGUUUUAUGCUCUUUAUUGUUAUUAUUGGAGUGAGAGAUAAUACAGCUUACUAUGAGUUGUAACAUAUGCAAGGUCAGAUACUGGUGGAAAGAAAAUGAAACAGAAGAAAAAACGAAGGAAGCUAGAGAGAAGUCGGUGUGUCCAACUAUGGUAAAUAACUUUCAAAUUAAGGAUCUAAAAAAUU